CACAGAGCAGUUAUUUUAAAACUUCAAACUCAGCCACUUCGAGGAGAACAUGCAAGAGCGAAAGAAGCGAUUGGGACGAAAUACUCGAACAAGAAAGCGGUCCACUUUUAAUAAAAUAAAACAAAAUUGAAAAAAAAGAAGUAAGAUGAGUGAGCGCCUUCCGUCGCGGAUCCGCGUUUGUUUUAGGUUUACUGUUCUUUUGCGGCUUGCACGUCUCCGAUGUCGCUGCCCGUAGUUCUUCCCGGAUCUUGUUGUCCAGUUGCGGGGGUCUCGCUGGCUUCACAUUUAGCUGACCCAUCGUAUAGAAGCCGCCCUCGUUGCAUCUCCACCGGUGCGUCUCGCAUGCCUGGAUCUCAGUCGCAGCUGAUCCCAACAUUGCUACCCGGCCGACCGCUGCUGUCUCUCGGAUUGCUGCAGCUGGUUCUCGGCUGCUCCAUGGUGGCGCUCUCUUUCGGGGCUUUGUCACUGAGCAGCUCGCCACCCAUCCGGAAUUCAUGUCCGUUCUGGGCUGGAUCCUCAGUGAUCCUCUCAGGAAUCAUUGGCCUCACAACAUGGAGGAGACCGAUGUUACUUUUGGUGAACCUCUUCGUGAUGCUGUCCGUGGUCUGCGUCCUGCUCAACCUGGCCGGCUUUAUCCUCUGCUGCCAGGGCGCGCAGCUGGUCUCCAGCAUGUCCUACUGCCAGCUGAGUGAAGUUGGGGAUGUGUGCCAGUGCUGCACAGACAGCCCCAGCACCAAGUGCCCUGAGGAGAAACUACUGAAACUCUACCCUGGAAACUCCUGCAACACCAUGAGGGUCCUCCUCAAGAAAGUCUUGUUUGCCCUGUGCGCUCUGAAUGCGCUAACUACAGCUGUGUGUCUGGUGGCUGCCGCACUGAGGUACCUGCAGAUCUUCGCUGCACGGCGACCGUGUACGGAGGAGCCCCGCCCAAUCGUGGAGGAAGGGGAGGAACCGAGCCACGUCCCGGACCCGGAUGAGUUUGUCCCUCCCGCUCCGCCCCCCUCCUACUUCUCCACUUUCUACUCCUACACCCCUCGACUGGCCCGCAGGAUGUUUGGUGACAGCGUCAUUCCUCUGCCUCACAUCUAUGGGGCCAGAAUCAAAGGGGUGGAGGUGUUUUGCCCCCUGGACCCUCCCCCUCCUUAUGAAGCUGUUGCGGGGCAGUCUGAGCACACCCCAGCCCAGGAGACAGAGGUUCAAGUGACAGACCUGACGGAGGGUUUGACUGACAGCUCAGAGACAGAACCUUUGGGUGCAGAUGGGUCUUCCCGAACCUCCACCCCGCCCCCAGCCACGGUCAGAGUGCCCACUGCCCCAGCACCUGCGCUGACCCGCAAGAGAUCCUGCAGACAGCGGCUCCGCCGGUCUAGUAGCGACCCUGUCCUGCUGGAUCUGGCUGCAAAAGUGCUGAGCUGUGAGGCUGCCACUCAGACGGAGUCACGCCCGGAGCAGGUGACGGUGACCCUGCGCAAGGGGAGAGGCCCCCGCCGGCCGCGCCCCAGCUCCAUGGUGGACUACCAGAGCUACCGGGACACCAAGCAGCUGGUGGCCCGCUUCCUGGAGCACUCAUCCUGCAGCCUCACCCCCGAGGUGCGGGAGCUUGUCAACAGCAUCAAGACCGUCCUGCGCUCUGACGAGGAGCACAUGGAGGAGGCCGUGCGGAGCGCCAGCUUCAUUGAACAGAUGAUAACUGGUUCCCAGGCCCCUCCAGCGCAGCUGAUGCCGCCCUCUCGGCCGCAAGAGAUCCACACUGCGCAGACGCUGCCCCUGAGGAAGCGUCCGGGGUUGCUGCACCUGCGCAGCUGUGGGGACCUGAGCACCUUCACCAAAUCGGAGCCUCUGCCUGUGCAGCGGAGGGCGGGGUCACGGGCAGGAUCCCGGGCGGGGUCGCGUGCGGAACAAGACCGCCCACACAGCCUGAUCGGAGUCUUCAGAGAGACAGUGCUCUGAGGACCCCACCCUGGCUUUGUGGAGACAGACGCCCCCUGGUGGAGAUUGGAGGAACAUGUAGCACCUUAUGGAGAAGCUCCUGUAAUGAACGGCUGUAAUAGGCGGCUAAAGAGAGGCGGCCUCCAGGAGACCCCAGACAAACGCCUUUGAGUGGGCUUUGUGUGUGCGUGUGAAUGCACACGUGUGCCUGUAUGCGUGUGUAUAGUGUCGUAAUGAUGACUUUUAAUGUAAACUUUGUCAGCUUGGUGAAGAGCUGAAAUUAGGAAAGAGACAAACGAAAGCUGAAUAACAAGUUCAUG